GUACAAGGCUAUGGCUCCUCCUGUGAGUCCUACUAGGACUUUCUUUCUUCUAAUUUUAAGAUCCAAACUUGUCGCACUAAUGUCUAUAAAUAUCAACUUAGCCUAUUCUCUUUUGCACCUGUAACCUUACUCCGGCAGUCUGCAAAGUGAUCAAAAUUCCUGAAGCUUGUAAAGCACUAGGAAGCAACGAAGCAAUAGUACAAGAUGAUACAGUUUAGAGACAUAAAGCGUGGAAACAAAAAGUAUCUCUCUGUAUCAACGGGCAAGAAGAGUGACGAUGAGAUUCUCUUAGAGGUGUAUAAGCCAUUUGCUCGUGAAUUUUGGGGCGCAACUGUUGUUUCCUACCGAAUCACAGAUUGGACUCCUGAGUGCGAGUAUCAAGCUCAAACAAUGCGGACUUUAGUAUCUGGCUUUCCUCACAAGCCAUCUUCUGCAAUUCUUCCUUCUUUGGGUAGGCGUAUCAUUGAUGAAAACCUCCCUUUGACAAAGUCCUUAUCAUUUGGUGGCGAGUUUAGAUUCGUCACAGGUUAUUGGGACUAGGCCGAAGACGUUUUGAGUUUGAGUAAAAACGUUCUGGAGGAGGGGCUUAUUUAUGAUGCCAAUUAUGCCUCUUUGUUCACGUAUGAUCGGUGUAUGAAUGCUAUGCAAGCAUUUUGUGAGGCGUGGUGUCCGACAACGAAUACUUUGCUUACGUCAAUUGGCGAGUUGACGAUCACACUUUGGGACUUGCACGUUAUUGGAGGGUUGCCUAUCAUAGGAGAUGCCUAUGAUGAAUCUAUUCCCGGCGCUUCCGAUUUGUUAAAUAAGAGCAACGACCGUUCACUUCAGCUCUGCAAAUAUUUGCUUCACGCAUAUCAUUAUCUUCUUACGAAAACCGAAGAUAAAUGUGUUUUGCGUGUCCAUGCGUGGGUCAAAUUCUGGUUUAAGAAGGCCUCCAAAUAUACUAUGCCCCCAUUGAGAACCGAAAAGAAACGAACAUCUCGUGCUAAGGCGACCCAUAAUCCGAGUGGAGUUAUUCCAAAAUGUGGAGGGUGGUCGAAUUCUACGAGAGUACCUUUUGACGUAUUAAAGAUUCCUGCUGAAUAUGAGGAAGAGAUCUAUUUGGCGGCAUUUUUAUCAUGUUGGCUUUGUGUAUUCGUCUUGCCGCAUGAAAGUCCUAGAGCUAUUCGCCCAGAAACUUUCAAAAUUGCUUGCAUGAUGGCUCAAGGGAAGCAGAUAUGUCUUGCAGUCCCAGUUCUCGCCAGUAUUUAUCAUGGGCUCAAUCAGAUCUCUAGUGCUCCGACUCCUUAUCAGGUUAGAACAUGCUUUCCUGUUCACUAUGUUUAUGGGUGGUUGGCAUCAUACUUUGAUACACAUUUUAAGAAUGAGAUUCAGUCCACGACGCCAUCGAUGAUUUCUUAUUCGGGAGAAGGUGGAGCGAGAUCUCUUGAAAAGAGAGGCGCGCGCAGGAGAAUUUUUCAGGGAGAUGUAUCGGCAUGGGUAUGUUCUACGCAUCGGAGAAUGAAAGAAUAUACAUUCUUUGAUGGAAAUAAUCCCCCAGAAGUUGAAUUGGCGCUUUUUAGAAGUCUUCGGUCUAAUUACCUCAUAUUACGCUAUCAAAAUCAUUGUAUUGCCGAGCCUUACACUCCUCAUCGAUUUGGUCGUCAGUUCGAGUACUUUCAAGCUUAUGCGCCUGGUUUUCUUGAGAGACAUAACCGACGUGUUUCACUUUCCGAUGGAUCUCGAUUUUGGCUACAAUUUGAGCAUGGCUUGUCUGUGGCGAAAGCAGUGUUUCCAACUCCUCCGAC